AUGGACUACUCAAACCGUGUCAACUCAAAAAAGGGUGCUGGAGGUAUUGCUAGUGCUGAAGAUCAGAAUGUCCACAGCAAGAAACGAGUACAGGAGCUCUUGGCCACACAUAUCCUUGACAUUGAUAACGAUCCUUACGUGUUUAGAAAUCAUCUAGGUAUAUUGGAAUGCAGGUUAUGUUUAACUACUCACAAUAAUGAAUCAUCUUACAUAUCACAUUUGGGAGGAAGAAAACACCACUUGAAUCUAGAGCGAAGAAGAAUUUUGGAUGAGAAGCUGCGGCAACAGCAAGACUUUCAACGGAAAGUUCAAGAUCAAGUCAGUAUUAGUAACGUGGAGACGAGACAUUGGAAGAAAAUAGGGCGACCUGAGUAUAAAAUUUUGAAAAUACGUGAUCCUGAAACCCUUCAACUAGGUGUUUUGGUAACGAUUAAGUGUCCUGAAAUUUCAGUAGACGAGCCAUUUUUUAGACUAAUGUCAUACUAUGAAUUGUCAUCUAAAAAUCAAAACAUGGGUAGGAAGUUUAUUCAAGAGAGAAGCGAAGACGAGGAGGAUGACGAGGACCCUAGUGAUUGGCAAUAUCUCGUGAUCUCAGCAGAACCUUAUGAAAACAUUACCAUCAUUGUUCCCAAUACACAUGAGAUCGAUAAACCCCAAGAGGAAGGCAAAAUGUCAGAAACAUACUGGUGGUUUUGGGAUAAUGAUACGAAGGAGUUCUUUUUACAGUUUAUGUACAAGAAACUGGACUAG